AUGUUAUGUACUCGGCCAGAUAUCUCGUAUGCACUAACCGUAACGAGUAUAUACCAGUCAGAUCCCGGUGAAGGUCACUAUAUUGCUGUCAAGAAUAUCCUUAACUACUUGAGAAGGACUAAGGACACAUUCUUGGUAUAUGGAAGGGAAGAUGAGCUAAGUGUAGUAGGUUACACGGACGCUAGCUUCCAAACUAACAAAGAUGACUCGAGGUCGCAAUCGGGUUACGUGUUCUGUUUAAAUGGCGGCGCUGUGAGCUGUGAGAGUUCAAAACAAGAGACAAUUGUUGAUUUUACCACAGGGGCUGAGUACAUUGCCGCUUCAAAUGCAUCAAAGGAAGUAGUUUGGAUAAAAAAGUUCAUUAUGGAACUUGGUGUGGUUCCUAAUAUUGUGGGUCCAAUUAGUCUCUAUUGUGACAACAACAAUGGAGUCAUUGUACAAGCUAAGGAACUUAGGUCUCAUCAACUAUCCAAACAUAGACUUAGAAGGUUUCAACUCAUCUGA